UACACUCGCCUAUCAUAAUCAGUGAAUAUCGUCGUCUGCCACCGGUACUAUUGUUUACUAGUUGUCACGUUGUUUCAGUUCACAGUUUUACUAGUGUUUUAGUGAAUUGUAGUGUUAUUACUCCUGUCAGCAAUGAAGUGGGGUGAGCAAGACACAUACAAGUUUGUAAAACUUUACAAGGACAACGAAGUUUUGUGGAAUCCAGCAAAUCCGAACUAUAAGGACAAAACCUCGAGGCACACCGCUAUGGAAAACAUUGCAAGUGAAAUGGGGAAAAAUGGUUUCGGAGUUACCGAAGUCAGGCAAAAGAUCAAAAACAUUAGGUCGACCUAUCAUCAAGAAGUGGCGAAAAUCAAACAGUCUGCAACGACUGGGAAGGAGUAUGUGCCGUCAGUGAAGUGGUUUCCUCUCCUUGAUUCGAUCAUGAAAUUUGUAGCGAGUGGAACACUGGAUUCUACUUAUCUGGAUGGUGAAACCACUUUCGAGGAGAUCGAGUUGAGAAGUGAACCUCAUGAAAACUACCAAGAAGAGAUGGACCUGGUUGUAUUGCCUUUAGAGGCUUCCCUACUGCAACAAAACACUUCUGUGCCUAGUUCGACCAAAGGACGAAAACGAAAAACCGCAGUCAUCAAACGUGAAGAAAACGCCAGAUCGAGUGAAAUUUCAUCACGGCCGAAUCUCGAUGAUUCCGACGAAGUUGACAUUUUCUGCAAGUACGUGUCAAAAACGUUAAAGAAAUUGUCAGAUCAUGACUCUAUAUGUGCUCAACAAGAGAUUCAAGCUGUUUUAACUAAAUAUAGGUUAGGUUAUUGUCAGUCAAGUACAGUCGAAACUUCUAAUGAUGUGUAAAAGUAUAUAAGUUAGAUUAAUGAAAAAAAAUGCCUCUGUACUUAUCAUUAAAUAUCAAGAUAGUUUCAUACAAGAUAACAGUUAUGAGGCUGAAAACUGUAUGGUGUGGAUUCGAAGAAAAGUGUAUUUAUUUGUUUACAAUGUGUUUCAUUUCACUAAGUUUUCAUUUG